GAGGCUAUAUGUGCUCUCCCCUCUUCCCCGCUCCUAUCAAUUUUAAAAAAGAAACCUUAUCUGGUGCCGAUUUUGACCCGGUUCUCCACAGGGUUGGAGCUAGAUGUCUCUUCAUGGUGGUGCAAUGAAUGUUACCCUGAUUUUCCAGGGAGUGCUCCCUCUUUUUAGUGAUGGAGGUAUUGCAGUGUGAUGGCUGUGACUUCCGUGCCGAGUCUUAUGAUGACUUGAAGACCCACAUUCAGGAGGUACACACUGUUUUCCUGCAGCCUGCAGAUGCAGAUGAGUCUGACUCCCUGAAAGACGAGGAUGAAGACGAGGACGAAGAGGAGGAAUAUGAAGAUAAGGAUGACAAGGAUUAUACACCUCCUAAAGCUGGAAUGAGCCCCAACUCUACUGACAGUUCUAACCAAACAUCACAAAAGCAGACAGCUGAAACCCAUCUGCCAUUUUACCAGUGCAAGUUCUGUGUCCGUUACUUCAGAUCAAAGUCAUUCUUAAGAAACCACACCAAAAAAGUGCAUAAUGUUGUUGAGGAAGAUUCAGAUGCAAGUAUCUCCUCACAGACAGCUAAGCAGCCCAGCUACACCGUUAUAAUGCACAAUGACCAUUCAAAAGUGUAUUCCUGUCAGUAUUGCACAUACAAGUCUCCACGCAGAGCAAGGAUGAUGAAACACCAACUAAUGUAUCAUAACAAAGUUCCCUCAAAGAGUGCUGGAGAUCCUUCAGAAUACGCCGAGACUGCAGAGGAAUCUGACUCAGCCAGUGGACUAAUGAAGGGAACAUUUGCCUGUGAAUGGUGUGACUAUCAGACUGACCAGAAGGACAGCUGGACUAAUCACGUGGUGAAGGAGCACAGCGACAAGGUCAAGAUAGUUUCCUGCAUUGCGCAGCUGGAAGGGGAGGCAAGUGCAAGCUCACCCAAACCAGAUUCUCCCUCCUCUUCCCAUAGCCCGACUAGAUCAAAGAUGAGUUUUGCUGGUGUUUGUGGAAAGGAGGAGGAGACAGGAGGAAAAACAUCAGAAAACACAUUGGAGAAGUCAGUCCCAGGGAGCACAUCCUUUCAGUAUGCGCAGAUUAGUGCAGUAACACCCAACAGCACAGGCACCUCUAUUUUGUCCAAGAGGUUUGCUUCAUCUGAUGUCCCCAACAGUAUCAUAGAGAUGGAUGCCAAUUUAGUCAAUGAGGAAGACUCUAGGAGCAGCUUAGAGGAUGAUGAUGAUGAUGAAGAGUUGGGCGAUAUAGAUGAUCCCAGCUAUACUGGAACCCUGUCAGCAGAUGCAAAGCAGCUUUUAACUGAUGAGGAUAAUAAAUUACUGGAGACUAAAGGAAUACCUUUCAGAAAGUACAUGAACCGCUUUCAGUGCCCCUUCUGUUCCUUCCUCACCAUGCACAGACGGAGCAUCUCCCGCCACAUUGAAAACAUUCACCUUUCUGGCAAAACCACAGUGUAUAAAUGUGAUGAAUGUCCAUUUAUUUGCACAAGCCCUCUUAAACUAGGCACGCACAAACAGAGCCACAAUUCCUCAGAUUUAGAGACCUUGGACCUAACGAGUGAUAGUCCAGAACCUCAGAGUGACAAUGCUGAAGAGCCAGUUAAUGGGGGUAAUGUAAGCUCCAAAGUCAAUGGAAAAAAGAUAACCAGCACAUCAAACGACCAGCAGAACCCUCAUCGCUGCACACUCUGCAGCUUUUCCACCACCACUCUGAAAGGUCUGAGGGUUCACCAACAGCAUAAGCAUUCCUACUGUGAUGACCUAGAUCCCUCUGUCUUUGAAAGCCAGCUGACUGACCAGCCAGACUCUGAAGUGGAUGCUUCUCCAAUCUUUCUACAAAAAACCCAGACCUCUAUUUUAGGACUUGCCACCAAAAAACCCCUAGUAGCAGGGAAAAGAGCCAGGAAGUCCAUCAACGACUUGCCUUUGGACUUGUCCUCAGUCAAGAAAAGAACUAGAAUUGAUGAAAUUGCCAGUAACCUUCAAAGUAAGAUAAGCCAAAGCCAACAGGACAUGAUCAUUAAUCUGGAUGACAUGGAUGAUGAAGAGGCAGGAGAAAAUCACACCAGUGCUGAUAAAGAGGGUAGAAACCAUGACAGCAAAAACCCAGUUUUUGCCUACAACACACAACAGCUUCAUGCAAGAGAAUCAAUGAUCUCUCACGAGGGAGGAAGAAUAGGGAAAAGAAAAAGCAACCCCAAGUCAAAACCUAGAAACAUUCCUAUAUCAUUGACUCUCUCAGAUGAUAGUGAAAACAUCUCUGCCGAUCCCAGUGACAGUGCUGUUCAAGAGAACAGUGAAUAUUCAGAGGAAACCGGAACUACGCGUUUCUACUGUAAACAUUGCGAUUACCACAACAAGUCAGCUCGUAGCGUCAGCACCCAUUACCAGAGGAUGCACCCUUACAUCAAGUUCAGCUUUAAGUACAUCCUGGACCCUGAAGACCAGAGUGCGGUCUUCCGCUGCUUAGAGUGCUACAUUGAAUACACAAAUUACAAUGAUCUACACCAACACUACAUGGAUCAUCAUCCUGAAGCAAGUAAUGUGCUCAACUUUAACCAACCACAUCUGUUAUACUUGUGCCGCUUUUGUUCGUAUACAAGCCCCAAUGUCAGGAGCCUAAUGCCCCAUUACCAAAGAAUGCAUCCCACAGUGAAAAUCAACAAUGCCAUGAUCUUCUCCAGCUAUAUAGUAGAGCAGCCCCACAAAACAGGUGAAUCGCAAACACUGAGGGAAAUAUUAAACUCUGGCCCCAAGACUUUUAACUCAGCCACGUCCACGCCCAGGUCCUCCUCCAGCCCAGUGCUGAAAAGUGUUUCCAAGACCCCUGAAACAAGUACUGAGGCAGACCCUCUUAAAGAAGGUAUGGGUGGUAAUGUUGUUGUCUAUGAUUGUGACGUGUGUUCCUUUGCUAGCCCCAACAUGCACUCUGUUUUGGUCCACUACCAGAAGAAACACCCGGAGCAAAAGGCGUCUUAUUUCCGUAUACAGAAAACCAUGAAGGUCAUGUCAGUGGAUCAGUCACAGCCUGUAGCCAACUCUUCAUUUAACCUCAGCAUGUCUACGCCUCCAAAACAAUCAAGCACAGCAUUGUAUGGAACAGACGAAGAAAUGUACUACUGUAAACAUUGCGUCUACAGCAACAGAUCUGUUGUUGGUGUGUUGGUCCAUUAUCAAAAAAGACACCCAGAAGUAAAAGUGACAGCAAAAUAUAUCAAACAUGGCGCUCCCACCCCUGGUUUGAUGAAAUUAAUGGAAGAAUUGCAAAUUGCAGCUCCCAAACAAUUUUUGAAGCAGUUUCAAAAUAACGGUCACGAUGGAUCUAACAACUCAAGCCCUAAACUGGGAAGUGGUGAAAAAGGUGAGGAUGAACUUUUCUUUUGUCAGCACUGUGAUUAUGGAAACCGCACUGUAAAAGGAGUGCUUAUUCACUACCAGAAGAAGCAUAGGGAAACCAAAGCCAAUGCUGACCUUGUACGUCGUCACACUGCAGUUGUCCGGAGUCAGCGUGAGCGUGCACAGAUGGUUCAGUCAGGUAGUGUCUCUUCUGCCAUGAUCCCAGCCCCUCCUGACCCUGAAAAUGCUACGCCCCUGCGUUCCCUUAAGUGCAGACACUGUUCCUACACAUCCCCCUAUGUCUAUGCCCUAAAGAAGCAUCUGAAGAAAGAGCAUCCCACUGUGAAAGCCACAGCCAUGACCAUUUUACACUGGGCUUACCAGGAUGGCAUUCUGGAGGCUGGCUACCACUGUGAAUGGUGCAUUUACUCCCAUGCUGAACCCCAGGGCCUGCUGCUCCAUUACCAAAGACGCCAUCCUGAGCACAAUGUCGAUUACACAUACAUGGCCAGCAAGCUAUGGGCUGGGCCAGAAACCACCCAACAACAAGGGGGCAAUAUCGAAACUAAACAUUACAAAUGCAGAGACUGUGCCUUUGAGGCCUGUACAAUAUGGGACAUCACCAGUCACUAUCAGGCAGUCCACCCCUGGGCCAUCAAAGGGGAUGAGUCUGUGCUUCUGGAUAUCAUCAAAGGGAAUGGCUCUGCUGAAAAGAUCCCCCAGCAGGUUGCCAAAGAACAUGCGUCUUUCAAUUGCCAGUCUGUUGAAGAUGAUGGAGCAUUGGUCAUUGCCACCCCACCUGAAGAAAGCAAUCCCCAUCCUCCCCACCCACGUCUUUCCAUCUCUAACAAUCCUUAUCAGUGUACUGUAUGUCUGUCAGAGUACAACAGUCUCCAUGGCCUCCUCACUCACUAUGGAAAGAAGCAUCCAGGCAUGAAAGUAAAAGCUGCAGAUUUUGCACAGGAGGCAGACAUCAACCCCAGUUCUGUGUAUAAAUGUCGACACUGUCCAUAUGUAAACUCUCGCAUUCAUGGUGUCCUUACUCACUAUCAGAAAAGACACCCGUUAGUGAAAGUCACUGCAGAAGAUUUUGCAGAUGAUAUAGAACAAAUCACUGACUUAAAUGAAGGAGAUGACAAGUGCAAAACUCAAAGGCAGGGCUAUGGUGCAUACAGAUGCAAAAUGUGCCCAUAUACGCAUGGGACACUGGAGAAACUCAAAAUCCAUUAUGAGAAGUAUCACAAUCAGUCAGCCUCUGAUAUGUUCACUCCUUCGCUGACAAAUUUCUCUUCCAAAGACACAGAGCCAGUAGGUGAAUGCAGUGCUGGUAAUAUAUCAAGUACAGCAAAAGUCCAGGAGGUCAGUGAAUUGGACCUUGCCCUCUCCCAGUUACCCAUCAAUAAGACAGAAAAACAUGCUGUAUUCAAGUGUCAGCUCUGCAAAUACUUCUGUUCCACCAGGAAGGGCAUCGCUCGCCACUACCGUAUCAAGCACAACAAUGUCCGUGCUCAGCCAGAGGGUAAAAAUAAUGUCUUCAAAUGUGCUCUCUGUUCAUACACCAAUCCUAUACGCAAAGGCCUGGCAGCACACUACCAGAAGCGCCAUGAUAUUGAUGCCUAUUAUACCCAUUGUCUGGCUGCUUCCAAGACUUUAAGUGAAAAGCCUAACAAAGUGAUGGCACCCCCACUAUCAGAGGGAGAAAAUUCUGAAAUGAGUGAAGACCUACGUUUGGCUGUGGAGAGACGAAGGUGUUCCCUUUGCGCUUUCCAGGCCUUCAGCAGGAAGAGCAUUGUCUCACAUUACAUUAAACGCCACCCAGGUGUCUUCCCCAAGAAGCAGCAUAAUAGCAAGCUUGGUCGCUACUUUACCGUUAUCUAUGCCAAAGAACCCGAGAAGAUUACCGUCAGUGCAAUGUCAGAGGAAGAAAAGGAAGUGCUGGAGGUUCCGCUUGAACCUGAGCAGGACAGAGAGGUUGAAUGGCUGCCAUUCAAGUGUCUAAAAUGCUUCCGGUUGUCCUUCAGCACAGGCGAGCUACUCUCUAUGCACUACAACGACCACCACAGCAAUGACUUGAAGAGGGACUUUGUGGUGUCACCUGGCCCUGGGGAUGAGGACUCUGAGUUGUACCAGUGUUCUCACUGUGAGCUGAAGUUCCUGGCUCUCCCAGUUCUGGCCAAACAUCUACUGAAUCACAAUGAGGAGUUUCAGAAGAGGGCCAUGAGGCAGGAGAGGAGGAAGCAGCUUCUCAGCAAACAGAAAGCCACAGAACUACCUGACAACAAACCUGAGAAGGAAAGCUCUGUAAAUAAAACUCCCAUAGGAUUCAGAUGUAACUUCUGCGUAGAGGUGCACCCGACCCUCCGAGCCAUCUGCAACCACCUUAGGAAGCAUGUCCAGUAUGGAGAGGUCAAAGAGGGACAUGUCAAGCAGGAAGUCAGCGAGGUCCCUUUGACCCUGCCCUCAGAGAGCCUAACCAAUGGCGACCUGGAGGGGGAUGAAGUAGCUGAAGCCGAUGGCUUCGAGAGACCUGCAACUACAGCAAUUGGCCCAUCCUUGGUUUCCACAGCUUCUGGUGUUGUUGCCGUUGCAGCGGAGACGGUUGAUCGGGAAACGGAUGCCGUUGAAGGAAAUGCAGCGUCCCUCGUGGCUGUGGUGUCAGAGGGCCAACUGAAACAGCGGUUAGCGGCAGGGGGUCACCCAUGUGCCCAGUGCGACCGAAUCUUCAUGUCCAUGCAGGGACUGAGGUCCCAUGAGAGGAGCCACUCAGCCAUGGCACUGUUCAGCAGAGAGGACAAAUACAGCUGCCAGUACUGCCAGUUUGUCUCACCCUUCAGGCACAAUCUGGACAGACAUGUGCAGUCUCACCACGGGCACCACAAGCCCUUCAAGUGCAAGCUCUGCCCCUUUAAAUCUGCCUACGCAAGUCGCUUGAAGAGCCACCUGCAUAAGGCACACACAGGUGAGCAGCACACAUACAAGUGCUUGUCAUGCCCCUUCUCCUCCAUGACCAUCAGCCUGCUGAAGGAGCACUCUCUGAGAGACCAUGGUGAGGCCCUGACCCUCCCCAAACUCCGGGCUGCUACCCAGGCUGCUCAUGCCAGCCUCAGGCCCUCCCGGCUGACCAGUAACACAGAGCAGACUCCCUUGGCCUCAGAUGAUCCAUCAUACCUGGAACCAGCGGAUGUCCGUCAGCAGCUUAGUCAUUACCAGCUGGCCUCCCGCAGUCAAAUGUCUUCCGGCGCGAGCCCUGGUGGCUCAACAGUGGCGGAUAAUCGACCAGACGGCGUCCUCACUUGUGAGUUUUGCGAGUUCAGCUCUGGAUACAUGCAGAGCCUUCGCCGGCACUACAGGGACCGCCACGGUGGCAAGAAGCUCUUCAAGUGCAAAGACUGUUCCUUUUUCACUUGCUACAAGAAUAACUUCACCAUGCAUGUGGAGGCUGGACACAACAACAACGCACCCGAGGACCUCCCUAAAGAUCUGCGCUGCCCUCUCUGCCUCUACCACACCAAACACAAGAGCAAUAUGAUUGACCACAUUGUCCUGCACAGAGAGGAGCGAGUGGCUCCACUGGAGGUCAGCCGCUCCAAGCUGUCACGCCACCUUCAGGGCCUGGUAUUUCGUUGCCACAAAUGCACCUUCACAUGCUCCAGCGACCAGGCCCUGAAGCUGCACCUGCAGAAGCAUGCUGAGAUCAAGCCUUACCAGUGCCAGCUCUGCUACUAUGACAGCAGUCAAAGGAGUCAGCUAGAGGAGCAUCUCCGCCUGGAGCACAAGGUUAUCCGCAACUUUGAGCUGAUGGGCCGGGUCAACCUGGACCAGCUGGAGAUGAUAAAGGAACAAGGGAGCAGCGCAGAGGAGGAAGAGGAGAGAGAAAUGAUGGAGAUGGUAUUAGAUGGAAAAGCAGCUGCAGAGGAGGAGGAUGACAACGAAGGAAUGGAAAUUAUGGAAAACAAAUUGGAUGAACUGAGAGAGAUGGUUGAUGAAGACAUAGAGGACAACAUCAAAGAGGAAGAGGAGGAGGAGGAGGAGGAGGAAGAAGAGGAAGUUAAGGGGGUGGAGGAAGAGAAGCCUGCCUUACAAGAGGUCCUUGCAUCUCCUACCAGCAGCAGCAGCAGCAGCAGCAGCAGCAGUAGUAGCAGCAGCAGCAGCAGCAGCAGCCACAGCAGCAGCUCAGGGCCGAGCAGCAUAGAGAAGCGUCUUCCCUGCGAGUUCUGUGGCCGCUGCUUCACCAACAGCCUUGAGUGGGAACGACAUGUCCUUCGACAUGGCAUGACAGUUAGCAACAGUCGGAUGGACACCAGCACCACUUCAGCAAUAGAGGCCUCAGCUUCAUCUUCCACUGGCUCCUCUGUCUUGAUGGACACAGGACUGGACGUCUCCAACAACAGAAAAGAGGAAGAGAACCCUGCUGAUCUGUCACCAAGAAGUCAAAGCCAGUACAUGGAGGACAACGAAAUGCUUGAGACCAAAAAAGAUCAACAGUUUGGUUGAACAGAUUGUGGUCUCUCGGGAUAUUGUGCUAGAAAUCGAUAACAUUGGGUAGGAUCAGCACUGAGUUGGAUCUGAAUAUAGAACGUCAAAGGAAACAAAAAGAUUGAAAUGGAAAAAAGUGACUUCUUAUGAGUUGGCACAUUAUUAGAUUUUAGAUGUUACAUAUAUAAGUAUUAGGUUGUGCUGCAUAAAAUGGCUGAGCUCUUUAAAUGAGCGGUCCCCUAGGACAGAUCUUAAUAUAUUGGUAACCAAUAGUGAACAGAACUCUUUAUUGCUGACAUUCUGGUCAAAUCUACAGUGAAAGAUCCCACCCAGAUAAAACUAAGCUAUUUAUAAAGAAUUUUGUCCAAAAUGAUAAACUAAAUUUAGCAUUUUAUUAUUUGAAGCACCUUUUACACUCCCCACAGCUCAUCCAAAACAGGGGUACUGUAAAUUUACCUAGAAGAAACAAACAAGAUAUGAAAACAUUUAAAACCGUGGCCCACUGUAGAGCAACCUUUUCUCAUUUCUUGUUGAAAUUUGAGACUUUUUUUCAUCUAAGCCUUGUGUUAAAUGUGUAGAAGUAUUCCCUGAGGAAGAGUCGCACCUUAUCUAUUUUAGCAAAAUUACAAAUCAUCUUUUAUUCAUUACUCGUAGAAAUACUGUCAAUUCCCCCCCAACAUGUUUGUAGCAAAUUGCUAUAUUUUAGGUCCCUUAAUAUUAUACUACGUAUAAGCCUUCAGCCUGUGGCACCCUUCACAUUCUGACUGUACUAUUUUAUUGUCCGGUAAUUUCACUGAUAAGAUCAUGGACAUAAUGGUAAUGGUUUAAAUGUCCUUUUCACUGUAAGAUACCACGUUUGUGAUCCAGGUUACUAAUAUCGCAGUUAACAUUUGCCCUCAGCAGAUCGAAAUAACAACACAGAUAUGUAAACUGUAUCAUGACUGUACCAAUAUGAAAAAGGUACCCGUUAAGGGUUAGUCCAGAAAAUAAUUACAGGUUUUAACAGUAGUGGCAUCUUGACCAAGGGACUAUAGCCCCUUUUAAACAGCCUGUUCAAGGAGGGAAUGUUGCGCCUUUAUUCCGCCUCGCCAUUCGGUGUAAAAGGUAUGAACACAGAAUGGUGGGCAUUGUUGUUCCGGCAGUAAGCCGGCAGCAGAGUUAGUCACAGAGUGGGAUCGAUGUCUGUAUAAAAGGGAGAGCCGGCAUGGCAGGACAGACGUCGACACUGUUGUGUUACACGUCACGCCUCUGAUCGUGGAACGACGGCAUGCUGUCUAAAAUCACAGACCGGGGUGGCAUUACGAGGGGGUCUUCUUACAGGCAAUAUAUCAGGAUGUAAAGAGGCUAGAGAUUACACUUGUCUUUUCAGUGCAACAUAUGUGAUUGGAUGUGCUAGAAUCUAGCUCUGUCCACAUGAUUUUAAUGACAGAUGGUGAAGAGAUCUCUCAGAGAUCCAUACAGUGAGUCUGGUUUGGUCUGGUUCACUGGAUUACACUGUGCACAGGAUCGGACCACACAAUGUACAGACCAAGUGUUGAACACCAUGGCUGAGUGCUGAUACCAGCGUGCAAGUGCCUUAAAUUGCAGUUCCUCUAAUGGCCACUAUAUGGGUUUGAUUGCUUUAAAAAAGAAAAAAAAAAAGAAAGUCCAACUGCUUUGAAGUAAUUAGUAAAAUACCCAACUUCUCUCUGAGAAAGUAAACUCAAGAUUUAUUCCCACAAGAAUUUAUGGCCUCAACAGCUGUUUUCACUGUUUUCAUCCCAAUGUGUGCCUUAGUGGCAAUUUUGAGAGUCAUUAUUUAAUGAAGAUGCUAUUAGAACAAAUUAGAUUCUACUUUAUUGUAACAGCAAGAUAUGGUUUAGCAUCUACCCAGAUCAGAGCAAAGAGGAUGUUGAGGCUUAAAGCGUUGGUUUGAACCAGAUUACAAAAAAAUAUAUAUUUUUUAUCAACCUCUAGUAGUAAAUGCUUUAGUUUAUUUGCCAGGGGCUUGAGAUAUCCUUCUGAGAUUUCUGCUGUCACACUGAUCCAGUGGAAGUGAAUGGAAUUUCAUUUGUUACACUCACAGCAUUGAAAGAAAUUAGAGCAGUUUUCAUUGGGACUCUUUUCUACCAAAUAAAUAGUCCAUAUGAAACCUGUUGACAUUGUGUUCUGUAUGUUGUGUUUUAUUAUCUGGGGUAAAGGCUGGGGGUUGCUGUUUAAGGAAAAAAGUGUUAGUGUGUGUGAGGGUAUUUUUUUUGUUUUUUGUUUUUUUUGUUUGUUUUAAAUGAUGACGUGAGCACCACAAAUGAAAUUCCAUGCUAAAAUGGGUGUGUUUAGAGCCAUGUUUGCAUGAUUGUCAGGUGUCUUGGUCUUUCACGGUCAGCCCUGGUGAUUACCUCCACGACAUCCAGGUUCCCCCACAGUGUCCAUAUUUGGAUCUUCCGGCUCCAAAUGAAUGACAGGAUGGGAUUGAGCAUCUAGGCAAACUCAAAUUUAGGCUUCAAAAUGUCUCUUAAAUUUAUGGCUGAUGCCACAGACAUGGCCAGGUUUUUCAUACAGUCUAUGGUUCAGUUUUGACAUGAUGGGAUACACUGAAAAGACAAGUGUAACUAGGUCCAAAGGCCAUAAAACCAUUUGUUUCCACAUAUAUAGAGUUUAUAUGCCACUGGGACUGUAUGUCUAAGAUUGACUUUUAAAAGGUUUCAAAUCCCCCAAUUUAAACCCCUUUAAAUUCUCCUCCUGUAUUGAAGCAGCUGUCAUAGCCUGCAUUUGUGUGCUUCUUUUUAGACAAAGUUGUUGUGUUAUUGUUGAUAUUGACAAAAGGCAGAGAUUGUAUUUGCUGGAAUUUGCUGCUUGAAUGCCCUAAAGCCUUAUCAGAAGUAAAUAGCAAUUAAGUCAAAGUUAUAUCCAAUUCAAUAAGACCAAUAAGCAACAUUAAAUAGUCUGAAACAAAAUGACUGAUAACUACAAUUUAAAAUUUGUAGAGGAACACGGUUAAUCUAAUUGUGUUCUUAGUACCAAAAUAUUUACCAAGCCUGCUGUGUUUGCUGCUGUGAUUGUCUUUCCUGAGCAUUGAACCUUUGAUGGAAAUGGGAAAUCUGGGUUAGGACCAUAGAGUUUUAGAAUUGGAGUUCUAUGGGUGGAACCCAGGUAAACUACAUGUUUGCAGCCAUGUAUAGAAAACAAAACUACUCGUUAAGUGUUUGAACUGUGGUGUUUCAGAAAGGAUACUUUAACCCUUUUUUUUUUCCUUUAGGUGUUCUUAUUUUAAAAAAAGAAAAAAAAAGAAAUCUAAAGAUGAUAGAUAACCCUUAGGGGCCUUUUGAGUCCCCAGUCCAACAUUAUUACACUGUUGUACAAUGUCUGGUUACAAUAAAAAAUAUCUCCUUUUUUGUACUGUAAUGGGAAGGAGCAGUUAGGAAGAGCAGUGUGGUUGUACAAUAUUUAAACACAUGAAGGAAGUGGAUGCAGUUCUCUCAUAAUUAAUUGCCAGGGCUUUUAUUAUGGAGAAGACAAACAUGGCAAAGUAAGAGACAAGAAAAAAAUGUGUUCCUUUUGGAGCAUUUCCUUAAACUGCUUAGUCAUUUUCUGGGCUUGGCCACCAUGUGGGUUGACAGUCAGCCUACAGAUCCCUCUGAGAUCUAGCUCACUCAUGUCUAAUCCAAAAUCUGACACUCCAGUAUCUUCUAUCCAUGGCCAGUAGGGGCAUCAGCUCCCUUGCUCCAAGGAGGCCUGCCCUUUUAUACUACCCGGUCAACAAUAGGCGGGACUGUAGCAGCCCCACUCUGCUCCACAGUCCUUUUAAUACCUUAAAAAACCAGUUGAGUUGGUGCUGAAUUUGAAAGCCCUUUUUCUGUUUUACAGGACCAGCUUGUAGCUUUUUUUGAAAGUAAAACUGUUGUUGUAGUAAUAAGCUUUGUAAGGCAGCUUGUUGCCCAGCUUAAAAGCCCAGUGUAAACCAGAUGUUAAGUUGGGAAAAUCUGGGUAAUGAAGCUGUCAACCCAAAAUUAUUUGUUGUUCUGUGAUCAUUUUAAUAGAAAAUGACUAUGAAUCCCUCACUGUGUGCAGUCUAUAGACUGUUAUAUUCCCAGUUUACCCAAAGUUAAACCCCUGCUGACAACACACUGGAUACUUGUAUAUAUGUUUAGUUUGUUUCUGAUGCAUUUCUCUUUUCAGACUGUUGUCUCCAUAGUUUGACACUAGAAUCUCUCCUUCUUGCCUUUCUUCCCAUAUAAAUCUUUACCUGAUUACCUGAUGGUGGGUUGUGAUGUUGCCUAGAAUGAUUGUUUACAAUUUUAUUCCAUUUAUCUCUGGAUAUUCUGUAAAUAUUGUAAUUCAUUGU